AAGGAUAAUAGUGACAUCUAAUUUGAAACGCAUAGUUGUAUAAUUUUACACUUCAGCCACCAGCUGAUUUCUUAAAAUAAUCAGUCAUUUUUUCAUGAUUAGACCAGAUUUUUCCCGAUUUGCAAAGUUUGUGUUUAUAAUUGAGUUCCUUGCGAUGAGACUUUAAGAGGAUAAAAUGGUUUGAGUCUACAAUUACGAAUGAAUGAGCUGGACGAGCAGAAUGGCUCGUCAAGGAACGGAUUUAUCGUUACAUUCUCUCUCGAUGAAUUCUGGAAAUGCUGCUCUCACGCCAUCAACGUUGAAUGUGCAUUCAACAAAAGUAACAUCCGGAAUUGAGACGGAAACAGGAAAGAGUUCUUCCCCUCUUUCACCAACGGAAUCGCGAAUUCCUAGACCAUCGCCAACGGCUCUACGACGCUCGGCAAGUUUACGAUUACGAGGAGAACGCGGUGCGCAUUUACGAUCGCCAAUUGUCAGCUCGACUAUUCACAAUUACCAAAUAAGAAACAAUAGUAAUCACCUUCAUAAUUACCAUCAAUCGCAGGCAAAUGCGCAGGAUUUCUUUCCCAUUAUCAAUGAAAAUGGAUCCGAUUCGCCUAGACAUCGUUCCUCGAGUUUAUCACUGACGCCGGCAAGGCCGCGACCAAUCCACACGACCUCGAGCUGUAUUGUUGGGUUCGACGACAGCGACGUCGAGAGUGUCAAAAGUUACGGAAGUGCCUGCAGUACAGCGAGUGCCUGCGAUCAUGCAAGUUUUGCCCUCAAUGGCACCACAUGGUCAGGUCGAUCACGAAAGUACGUUGUUCAUUGCUCAAAUCACAGCGGAGACACUGAACAGUACCUCACUCCCACUCAGAGAGCGGCCAGACAAAUUCGCAAAUUUCAGAUCCUCCUGAAAGAGGCGAGAAAGGAGAUCGAGGAGAAGAAUCAGGAAAUCGUUCGACUGACGAAGGAAGUUGUUGAAUUGCGUCUCUAUAAGGCGUCGUUAAAUAGUCCAGAAGAAAAAACGGACAGUAGUGAUGCGCCGACAAUUAGGGAGAAUGAUCCACUUUCACCUCAAUCGCCCACGAGAGAUCUUCCAGAUGAGGGGCGAUUUGAGGCAAACGCGAGUCCAACUAGUCCCGAGAUACAAGUGUCCUCGGAAGUUCCUUCGUCGUUGGCCGAUUCUGGACACUUCGAGGAUAGUUCCAUUCACUUGAAGGAAGCUGGUUUUCUCACCGAAGCCGCUGUCGUUAAUAAUAAUAAUAAUACCAUCACUUCCACGAUCAGUAAUAUCGCUCAACAUGAGAAUUCGCCGAAUUCGACAUUUAAUUCGAUUGUCGAGAUUCCUGAUUGGGAUGAAGAGAGAAGGAAGCUAGUUGAUCAUUAUGAAAGUAGAAUCGAGGAAUUGCAUCGUAGACAUAUUGAUGAUCUCCAGGAACUCAAGGAGAAACAUAACGAUAAAGUCGAGAGUUUAUUGAAUCAAUUGGCCGAGAUUAAUAAGCGAUAUUGUGAAAUUCGUCCGUCCUUGGAUACAGCGGAGGUUCGAGUUCGAGAAUUAGAAACUGAACUCGAAACUCUCAAGUCCGAACUUAUGGAGCAAAAGGCUCUAUUAAGCGAUCAAGAAGAGAGAAAUAAGCAAAUGUACCUGAAAAUGUUCGCCAAAGGUCAAGAGGCUGCGCGAAUCGAGCAAACUGAUCAGAUUCUUGAGCACGCCCAUGAAACGCCGCCGAAAGUAACAGUAGCCGAGCUCCUUCAACAACUUACAGUCACGCAAGCUGAAUUAGAAAAUAUUAAGGAUACAUACUAUUCGUCUGAACCGAAUUGUUCAGCAGAACGUAGUUCGUGUUUAUUAAGUGCUCAGGAGGCUGUUUCUCUCUGGGUGCUUGGUACACGUAAGGCGAUGUAUCGCCGAAUAGUGGAGUCCAGGAAUACGCAGGCAGUCCUCGAUCCAGAGAUUACGUUACAAUUUUUGAAGUCGGCUAUUUAUUAUUUCCUCACCGAUAAGGAGAAUCAUCAGGGUCAUUUAAAUGCGAUUGAAAGUAUUCUUGGUUUUAGUGCAAAUGAAAAAUCGAAUAUCGAUAAGAUUUAUCGUUCGGUUAGAAAAUAGUGUAAAUAUUCUUUCGGCUCGUCAAACACUGAGGGGAAUAUUCCUAAAAUAUUCUUAAAAAAAUUAUUCUUUCCUAAAAUUCUUGAUAUUUAAUUUGAAUCAAAAUUUAUGUUUGAAAAAGUUUAUUUUGAACUUUUAUUAUCGGCUGGAUUUUGAGUAAUUUUUCUUUCUUUUUGUUUCGUUUCCUUAGGGAGAUUUUUUUCUCUCGUGACAUUGUUUCUCUCAGUGUUGUUUUUUAAUUGCCUUCAUUGCUAAUUAUCGUCGUUGUGAGCGUUGUUAUUCGGUGCUGAGUUGUUUUUUGCAAAGAAAAUUUUGCACUUUUUUUAUUUUUUUCCACCGAUCCAGCAACUGUGAUAUGAAAAUAAUUUUUAUUGUAUAUUUUUUAGUUUCUUUUUUCACAUUUAGAGAAUUUUUCAUUUUUGUUUGAGUUAAUUAUUGAGGGGAACUGAGCACUGAAGGGCGCAAAAUUGACUAUUUAAUAGUUGACAAUUUUAAUAUUGCUUUGUCAUUUUAUUUCGAAUUUCAUUCCAUAGAAUCGUUACUCAUAAGAGAAAAUUUCCUACGUAAUGAUCGAAAUUAAUCAUUCGAUUUAAGACGAUCCUUGUAAAAUGAAAUGACGAAAAAUGUUUUUUUUGUAGAAGGUUCUUUUCAACAGUUGAUAUAUUUAUUAAAAUUUGUUACGAUACAGAGAAAGAAAAAUUAAUUUUUAAAUCCAUCGAUACUUAAAAAAAUUCUCUUAAUUCUCUCAAUUCUCUUCCAAAUAAGAAAAGUUUAAAUAGAAGUUUAGUAAUAAGAAUAAUUUAUAAAAUUAAUUUAUUUGAUUAAAAUUUUAAAAAAUACUUAGAAAUUAUUUAAGUUCUUUUCUCUCUAUCGUAACAAUUGUAUUUAAAUAAAAAUAAAUCGUUUUUUAAUAAAAUCAUUAAAAUCCACGAAUUAAUUUAUUAAAAAUCGAGAGAGAAAAUUCAAUUUCCUCAUAAUGAUAAAAAAUAAUGAAACAAAUUAUUGCUAGUAUUUUCCUAAGUCGUGGGUCUUAAAGUAUUAUUAAAAAAUAAAAUGAAAGUCAUUCAUUCAUUAAAGAGAAGUAUAUCUUUAAAAAAAGUUUUUGAACUUUCCGCAAAUUUAUGUGUGUGUGAUGAUAAAAUUUAAGAAUUUUGGAAAGUUUGCCUUUCUUCGAAUUGAGAAUAAAUAAACGCGACAGACUUAUCAUUUAUUACAAAUAAAUAAUAAUAUAGUUCAUAAUUAAUAACAAUAAUUAAAAGAUUGUCUAUAUCAAAAUCUGGUGAGCUAUAUCCAGAUGGGAUUUGUGGAGACUGAAAGGAAAAAUCUUGCCUUUUAAAUAGAAAAAAAAAUUUAGAUAGAAAUUGGUGAAACGAUUUCUGGAAAAAUGCAAUGAAAAUAUCGUUAGAAUGUAUUUUACAUAAUUCUUUCGUUUUGUCACAAAUUUUUCUGAAAAGUUUUCCUUUCUACGUUCCUUGAACUUUACAAAGAAUGUCUGUAAAUUAUUACUAAAAUUUUUUAAAUUUAGAAACAAUUUCAGAAGGUAAAAUUUAAAACAAAAAAAGUAUUCAAAUAAUAAUUGUAAUUAGAAAGAUAAAUAAAUAAACAAUUAAUUAUAAUAGAAAUGGAUUUUUAAUAAUUUACAGACGCUCUGCUUUUAACUAAUUUUUUGCUGUUCAGAAUAAUGUGUGGAACGUGUAAUUUAAAUUAUGAACCAAAGAAUAAAAAAAAGAAACAUUCCACCGUAUAUUGACAAACAGUUAUGGAAUAUUAUAUAGUCUAUUUUAUGAAAAUUGUAAAUGUUGUAGAUAGAAUCUUUUUAGAAGAAUUUUUCGAACUCUUGUUCAAAUCAAAAUAAAAUUAAAAUCAUUUCUUGAUUUUUGCGAAAUUUUAUUUGAACGCGAGAAAACGAAAAAGAAGCGAGUAUUUAAUAUAAUAUUUUUUUGUGCGUUAGUUGAAAGUGAUUUGAGAAAUCGAAAACUAGUGGGCUUUUUAUAUUUGAAUUUCAAAUGAGAUAAUAAUAUAAAGAAAGAAAAAUAAAGUAUAAUAUAAAGGUUGUGUAAAUUUCGAAAAGAAUAUUGUACAUUCUUCAUAGAAGAUAAUUAUUUUUGAUUUUUCACUCCUUUUUGGCAAAAUAAGUUUACGAUGUAAAUUCUGAAAAUAAAAGAUUGCCGAAUAA